UGUGAGCACAUCUCAUUUGCUUCGCAGCGAAGCUUCUCAGAUAAUGCAGCUCCGGUCAGGCCGCCGCCUAGUCCCGUCGCGGCCGUCUGCGGCGCCGCAAGGAGGUGCCCGUCGCGGCUGUCCCCGGCGGCGCCCAGAGGAAGGCGACGGCGGUGGUGAGGACCGGCUCAGUGGCCUACCCGAGGAGCUGAUCCUAGAGGUGCUCGACCGCCUCGGUUGUGCCCGUGAAGCUGCGCGCACUAGCGGCCUCUCCCGCCGCUGGCGUGGCCUCUGGACCCACCUUCCCGUCCUGACCUUCGACGGCAUGAAUCCCGAUUCGCUCGGCGGCGCGCUCGCCCGGGUGCGCCCCGAGCGGAACCGCCUCGUCAUCCGCAUCUACCCGGGUGCCACGCUCUCCGCCGCGCGUGUCUCCUCGCUGCUCAACGCCUCGGCCCGGAUCGCGCCGAAGGAGCUCGUCGUCGAGCUGGAUAGGUACAGCCGCGGCGUCCGCGUCAAGCUGCCGCGCUUGAUCCAGAACCUUGCCUCUGCACUCUCCGAGGCCGGCAAGUUCGCCGCGCUCGAGAGCCUGGCUCUCGUCCCGUGCUGUGUCGACCCGAGCGACCUGCUCCCCCUCUGCCCGUGCCUGCGCAGGUUUGAGGCGCAGUGCCACUAUAACUGGACUCUCGACACGCUCGAGGUCCAUUCGGAGUCACUCGAGGAGCUCGUCUUGGGAAUCCAACAUCGGUCGUCCAUGCCACAGCAUGUCAACAUUGCGACGCCCAUGCUCAAGAAGUUCAUGUUGAGAUCCUACGGGUUCCGCUUCGCCAUGUCCUUCUUGGCGCCCAAGGUGGAGGAGUUUUCAUUGGAGAUGGAGUGUGGUUUGUCCAGAGUUGGGUUUGGCGAGAAAUGGCACCUCCUGUGGUUGAGCAUGGCCACGGCGUGGACUAACAGAUAUGGGCAGUUCCCUCGAGUCCGCGUCCACACCCUGUCCCUGACGAUAGCAGCCCGCGAUCGCUAUUCUGCUGCAGCGCAGAGCUUCGCGCAGGAAAUAGCACGUCUUCCAGUGUCCCACUUCUCUGUGUUGGAGUUGCGUCUCCGAACGGAGGGGCGUGGUUUUGGAGCGCUUGUGUUGCACCUGCUCCUGCUUCGAACCACCAUAGAGGCUUAAGGUGGCCCUGUUGCGAAACUAUGUAAUUAUCCACCUUUCUCAUUUGUCUUCUGCGAAUAUCUUCAGUUUAUAUCAUUUAUAUGUGUUGAUUCUCAAAUAUUUGAAGUUUCCAUAAAACAAUAUGCUUUCAUACUUUUUAGUUUGGAGAAUGCUUAAAGAAUUUUGACUGUGAUCAAGCUAGCAAUUGGAGAAAUGAACAUAUCUCCUUACCCAAUCUUCAAGUGGUAGAAUUUGAAGGCUUUCAUGGAGCGGAUCAUGAAGUUGAUUUCCUAAAAUUUCUGUUCCAAUCUGCACCAAUGCUGAAGAGAUUGACCAUUGAACUGUCCGCUGAGAUUUCUCCAGAUAUUCAAGGAUGCCAGGAACUCUGCAGUAUCCUUAAGGCGAAUGCUUCUGUGAAAUGCUAUGUUUAUGACAGAUCUGGACAGAAGAUUUCAUUUGCAUGAUUAGCGUGCGUCUGAGUGUAACAAGAAAUCUGACCCUGAUGCUUAUGUCUAGGGAAACCUGAAGUGAUGCUCGUUUGUUAAUCUUUCUUUGAUGCCAUGCUUAAGAUUUUCACAGUUCUUGGA